GAUUUCCAUGCGAUUUUUGUUUUUAAUUUUCAAUUAAUAUCUUUAUUAAAAUUUUUUGAUUUUAUAAGUAAAAUGUUUGUGGAUAUCACUGAAAUAGAGGGUAUUUUGACGCGUUUAUUAGCGCCGGAUAAUGAAGUUAUAAAACAGGCCACCGAUGAAUUGACAUUGGCGUUAAAAAAUCCUCAUACAUAUGUCACUCUUUGUACAGUGAUUAGUUCUAGUAAAAAUGACAAGUUAAAGGAAUAUGCAGCUCUCAUAUUAAGGAAAAAAUUGUACAAACGUAAUGCAUGGAUGAAUUUAUCUCAAGAACUUCGUGAACAGAUCAAACAAUUUUUGCUGAAAACAAUUAUUGAUGAACCUAGUAUUGAAGUUAAAAAGCACAUUCUUCAAUUUAUUGCUGUAUUGGCUAAGCACGAAUUGAUGAGAGGAAACUGGAAUGAGUUAUUUGCUUUUAUUGAAUCAUGUAUUAAAAGCAACAAUGUAAAUGAAAGACAGUUCGGUUCAUUUGUGGUUAAAAAUUUAUCUGAUUACUAUCCUCAAAUGUUUGAGUCCAAUAUAACAACAUUUGUGGAUUAUUUUAUUCAAACAUUAAACAGUGCUGACGAUUGUACUUCAGAUGUUGUUUAUAAUAUUAUUUCUUCAAUGAAUAAUAUUAUAGAAUUAUCUAUUCAAGUUCCACAGGUUAUUCAAGCUUAUUCACAGUCUGUACCGCGUGUGUUAGAAGUCAUACUUGCCUUAUCAACAACAAAUCCAGAUCAUGCAUGUGAUUGUUUUGAAUUACUUGGGUCAAUGUGUGAAUUUUCUAUUCAAGCAUUAAUACCACAUUUAAAACCAAUCGUUCAAGUUUCUGCUCAACUGGCUGGCAAUACAAAUAUAGAUGAAACUUUGAGAUGUAAUGGUAUAAAUUUAAUUUCAACUAUUAUCCGUAGUAAGAAGAAGGUAUUAGUAAAGUUGAAUUUAUUGAAUCCCGUAAUUGAGUUAAUGUUCAGUAUUUUAAGUGAAGAAACUGAUGAUGACACUUGGUUUUUAGAAGAAUAUGCUUUAAACCCGAUGAGUGCUGCCGGUGAAUGUAUGGCAGCAAUUGCUGAUGAAUUAUCUGCUUCUACUUUUAUGCCUAUAUUAAUAAAAUUGAUUGAUGCAGCUUAUACUACUCAAGAUCCUAAUGCACUUAGAGCAUCUUAUACUACAAUGGCUUUUGUCUCAGAUGGAUGUUCUGAAUACCUGAAAAAGAAUUAUCUUAAGCAAUUUGUGACAGCUAUUAAAAUGGGAUUAAAUAGUUCAAAUGAAACUGUUAAAUCUGCAGCUAUGUACGCUUUAGGAGAAGUUUCUCAAUAUGUUCAACCACAAGUUAGUACGUAUGCGGCAGAAAUACUACCAGAAUUAAUGAAAAUGUUCAAAGAAAAAUUAAUUGUUGAAUACACUAAGCCGGAAUGUAGUUCUGAAGUGCGUAUGAUUUUUUAUGCACUUGAUAAAUUUAUUGAUAGUAUGGAAGGUGGAAUUGAUGAAUAUUUACCAGAAAUGACUGCUAUUGUAUUGGAUAUUAUAAGAAAUGAACAGUGUUGUAUUGAACUUAAAGACAAAGCAAUUACUAUUAUGUGUAGCAUUGUUAAGUCUGGAGGUGAUGCUACAGCCCCUUACUUUAUCCCAAUCAUGGAAAUUCUUGAUGCUUAUUUGAAACCUGGAAUAGAAGAAAAACUAGAAACUUUGCAGAUAAUGGUCAUUCAAUUAUUAUCUGAGUUUGCGGCUGCUCUUGAUCCAAAAGUAUUUGAACCCUAUUUGGAUAUUAGUUUAAAAUGUGGUUUGGCUUUAUUGCAAGAAGCAAAAGAGGAUCAACCUGAGGUUCGUGCAGUAUGUUAUGGACUUUUCAGUUCUAUAGCUAGAGUAUCUAUUAAUCAUUUGUUACCAUACAUGGAUCUUGUAAUGCAACAUGUUUUGAAAAGUUUGGACAAUAGCUUAAUUGCUGAUAAUAGUUUUAAUCUGGAGAAGAAAAAAUUUAAUGCCUAUAGUAGCGAUGAUGAUGAUGAUGAUGAUGAUGAUGAUAAAGAUGAAUCUCUAAUAACUGAAGAUGAUGGUAGUGAUGAUGCUGAUAGUGAUGAUUUUGCUUAUGUUGACGCACAUGUAAUGGAAGAAAAAGAUAAUGCUUGUCAAACAAUUGCUCAAAUUGCUCAAAGCACUGGGGAUCAAUUUCUUCCAUAUUUAAAUAAUAGCUUUGAAAUAGUAUCAAAGUUAUUACAAGAAGAUGAUGAAGACACUAUUGAUUCUGUACUUGAAUUAUAUAGUCAAAUUUGUAUAUAUUUUUCAAAAUUACCGGACAAUUGUGGCCAAGAAUCUUUAGAAAAAGCUUUGGAAAACUUUUUGAAAUAUGGAGAGAAGAAAAUACAAGAAGAUGGAUUUCCGGCUUUGGAUUCAGUAUACUUGGAUGUAUUAGCUGAUAUGUUAAAAGAAAUUAAAACCAAGAUGAUAAAAUAUGCUGAACCAAUUAUGAUACUUGCUAAAUCUAUAUUAGCAUUAAAAAUAGGUGAUGCAAAUAAUCCUGGUGAGUUGGAUGAACUGGAUAGUGAAAAUGAUACAUUACCUAUAGAAUAUGCUGGUAAUGUUGUCUCAAAUUUAAGCUAUGUUCUUCCUCCACAAGUGUUUACAGAAUAUUUUUUGUCAUUGGUGCCUUUGUUAAAAAAAUUAAUGUCAAAAGAAUCAUCUGAUUUAUUACGAGCUGCUGGGUUAGCUAUAACUGGAGAAUCUGCUAAAGGCUUAGGAGAAAAUGCUAGUGGUUUGUGUGAAAUAAUGUUUCCACUUGUAAUACCACUUGCUGAAGAUGAAGAUGAUACUGUGAGGAAUAAUGCUGUAUUUGCAUUAGGAGAAAUUGCAUUUUAUGGCAAAGAAUCUGUGUACAAGUAUUAUCCGAUAAUAUUAAAUACAUUUUCACAAGUGGUUACUAAAGAACAGCGAUCAAAAGUAUUAGACAACAUUUAUGGAGCAUUAGCACGUAUGAUAAUUACUAACAUUGAAGGAAUUCCUCUUGAUCAUGUGGUACCUGUUAUGAUUAAUUACCUUCCAUUACACGAAGACUUUGUUGAAAAUUUAACCGUGUUUAAGUGUUUGGUAUAUUUAUUUGAAGUCGGCAAUCCGUAUAUGGUUUCUAUGCUUGAACCUGUGAUUAAAGCAUCUCUGGUUACAUUGAGUGAUAAAAGAAAAUGUUAUGAUGAUGAUGCAAAAGAAGAAAUUAUUAAGCUGUUGCGCAUGUAUAAGAGAGAUUUUCUGGAUAAAUGCUUGUCAUUGACACUUCCUGAAAAUUUAUCUAAAUUGUUUAAUGAAAUAUAAUUUUAAUAAUAAUUAAAAUGUUAUUGUUAUUGAUA